UAUAAUUGCAAAAUACAAGCCUCUCCCUUCAACACAAGCCCAAAUUAAAAACAAUAAAUAAAUAACACACCAUGCUCAAAUAAUUCUUAUGCAAAAUGGAGCAACCUCCACCAUGCAACAAUGAUCACCCCUCCACCGCCGCGGCCGCGGCCGCGGCCGCGGCCGAGACACUAGGGGGCGGCACGCGCCACCCCGUCUACCGCGGCGUGCGGAAGCGGCGGUGGGGGAAAUGGGUAUCCGAAAUUCGGGAACCAAAGAAGAAGACGCGGAUAUGGCUGGGGUCCUUCCCGGCGCCGGAAAUGGCGGCGAGGGCUUACGACGUCGCCGCCUACUGCUUGAAGGGCGGCAAGGCGCAGCUCAACUUCCCCGACGACAUCGGCCUCCUGCCGCGGCCCUCCACCAGCGCCGCCAGGGAUAUACAGGCCGCGGCGGCGCUGGCGGCCAACAUGGCCGCGGAGAAGUCGGACUCCGCCGCCGCGCAGGGCGGCGGAGGGGACGAUUUUUGGGCGGAGAUAGAGCUGCCGGAGUUGAUGAAUGAGCCGUCGCCGGAGGUAUGGUGUUGGAGCUCUAAUAACUGUGGAGACUUCUAUGGUGAUGAUGAUCGUAUUUUUUAGACUAAUUAUUUUAUAUUCUUUAAUUAUGAACAUAAUAUUAAUUUUUGGUUACAAAUUGUUGUCAUGUUUUGACCUCAUUUUGUUUUUGUUUUUUUGUUUUUAAAUAAAUAAAUGAUACGUAUAUAAAUAGAUUGCAGUAUAAAUAAAUGAUAGAUAGCUAUAUACCGAUGAUGUUGUAUUAUGUAUUUUAUAUAUACAUUUGUUCUUACACAGUUGUUACUUAUGAUCAUUUCGUUUAAUACUGUUUUAUUACAUGUUUAUUUUGAUUUC